GAGAAGAGUAAUAAUCAUGGCGAAGAUAGCCGAUGAAAAAGUGGUGACCUUAGAUGUUUUCCAAAAGGGAAGUAUCCAAUGGAGCAAAAUUCCCACAAAGCCUCCUUCUUCACCUCCAAAACCAUUGGUGAUAUUUACACCAACUGUGCGUGGUGCUUACCCUGUAAUGGUUUUCUACCAUGGUUUCUUGCUUCAACCAAACGACUACUGUGACCUCCUAGGCCACAUAGUUUCACAUGGAUUCAUAGUUGUUGCUCCUCAUCUGAACAAUUUGUUUAGUGAUGAAAUAAAGGAAGCAGGAGAAGUGGUGGAUUGGCUUGUGAAGGGGCUUCAACCUUUGCUUCCUGAGAAAGUUGAAGCGAAAUUGGAGAAAGUGGUUCUAUCAGGUCACAGUAAGGGUGGACAAACUGCGUUUUGUGUGGCCCUAGGUCAGCAUGUUAAAACGGUGCUGAAGUUUUCUGCAGUGAUAGGCAUAGACCCUGUGGGAGGAUUAACUAAGUGUAAGGUUAGCAAAACAUCUCCUAAAAUUCUGACAGGGGUGCCACAUUCACUGGAUUUGAAGGCUCCCGUGGCUGUAAUAGGAACUGGACUAGGACCAGAAAGGGCUUUCCUUGUUCCUCUACCAUGUGCUCCUGAAGGGCAGAACCACGUGGACUUUUUCAACGAGAGCAAACCCCCUUGUGCACAUUUUGUUGCAGCAGAUUAUGGUCACAUGGACAUGUUGGACGAUAAAACACCGUUAUUUGACACCGUGCUGUCGAAGUGUAUGUGCAAGAAUGGGAAGGGUCCUAGGAAGUUUAUGAGAGAGACUGUGGGAGGAUUGGUUGUGGCCUUCUUGAGGGCACAGUUGGAUAAUCUGACCCAGGAUUUUGAGGCUAUUUUAAACGAUCCUUCUCUUGCUCCUGCUACACUCGUUGAUGUCAAGUACAUACAAGCAUGAAAACAACAUUUGCUUUUGCUGUUUCUCCCUUUCUAUGUUCUAUUAUAUGUUUGUUUCCUAAGAUGUUUCAAAUGUAUGUUAAAUACAGU